AUGUUGAGUCCGAUCUUUCCGCUGGGAAUCUCCCCGUUUAUUCCAGGAUUCCCAAUAGAAGGUCAAGGGCGCGUGAACCAGCUAGGAGGGGUAUUCAUCAACGGUCGCCCUCUUCCCAACCACAUUCGUCUAAAGAUCGUGGAGCUGGCCUCCCAAGGCGUCCGACCGUGUGUCAUCAGCAGACAGUUAAGGGUGUCACAUGGAUGCGUUAGCAAGAUACUGCAGAGGUACCAAGAAACCGGCAGUAUCCGGCCCGGGAUGAUCGGUGGCUCUAAGCCGAGAGUGGCGACCCCUGAAGUCGAGUCCAGGAUAGAGCAGUACAAGAGGGAGAACCCAGGAAUCUUCAGCUGGGAGAUACGGGACAGACUCCUCAGGGAAGGGAUCUGCGAUAGAAACACGGCGCCAAGCGUCAGCUCCAUAAGUCGCGUGCUGCGCGCGCAGCGUAAAGGUGAUGAUGAGGAAGAUGAUGAUGAUGUUGGUGACGAGGGUGACAAUGUAAGAGAUGACGAAAGAGUUGAUGAUACAGACACAGUUGCAGAGGGAAAAGAUAGUGGAG